AAAAAAAAAAAAAAUCACACGAUCGCCAGUGACCGUCGCAGACCGUGCCAACGUGUAAUCUCUUUAAUGGAAGAUGUCAAGUUCGUUACUUGGAUCACCUUGUCAUAUGUGGUACAAUUUGAUGGACUACUUAUACGUUUUUGUCAUGCCUUUUACUGCGGAAUUCCUUUCCACUCAUCUUUUCUUUUCGCUCGUUUUCGUAAGUCUAGUUGACGCUUACGUUGCUCUUGCUGUCUGUGUGAUGAUAUAAAUGAAUCAGACCAUCAAUCCGAACAUGGAGUUUUCGGUUGUGUUGACCCUUGGAAAAUGUGGACGAGAAGAUGCAGCCAGGCGUUUGAUCCAUUCUUUUGGCUUUGGGCGCUCCACUGCGGACCGCACAGCGUCAACAAUCUGCAAGUGACUAUGGCUGAAUCAAGCGUGAGGUUGGCCCGCAACAUCGUGUGUUUUUUGGGGGGCUCACAUUAGAACAUUGCGCAAGCAUCCUACGAGCUUGAAAACUUCGAGAGUAUCUUACGAAACUCUGUGGGAAACCUGUGGGGAUGAUUGUCAGAUUUGGUCCUCGACUCCACAAUGUGCCAGUUGUGGUGUCGAUAAAAGCGUUCUUGAUCCCAGAGCAUCGUAUCACCGAAAAGCCUCUUACUGCAAUCCAGCAAAAAUGGCAAAGACGCAAGGCGCAAACCAAAUAUGGCCCUUCCGAUUGAUUGCAAUGACAAUACUUGUCAGCCUUGGUGGGAUUAUAUUCGGCUAUGGUGGCAUCGGUCAGAUCGGCGGUUUCCUUCCCAUGCCGGACUACGUUCAACGAUUUGGAAUGACGAAGGUAUGCUAACGGUCACUAUAUUAUCUGAAAAGAGUCGAUCAUAUCAGACUUGCAUUUCUGGCUCAAAAUUGGUAUUCCAAAGUCCCGGAAAGUUUCACAUAGUACCAAGAAGCCGCAGAAGAAAAUUUGGUCCUGCGUCCUGGCGUCCGGGAUUAUGUUAUGCCAUACGAACACAGCAAGACUGACUAUCGUCUAGGAUGAACUCGGUGACACUAGACAAGGAACUAUAGUCGGCCUACUUAUGAUAGGAGCGCUUGUCGGCUCCUUGAUCGCCGGUCCUUUGGCAGACAUAAUCGGCAGAAAACAUAGCAUCUCUAUCUGGGCACUUGUGUACAUGACAGGAUCGUUAGUCGAGCUAACUUCUACGAGAGAAUGGGCCCAAAUUGCUGUGGGCCGCACAGUUGAAGGUUUUGGUAUAGGCGGCCUAUCUAUACUCGUACCGAUGUACCAGGGCGAGUGCUCGCCAAAAGACGCCCGUGGGGUCAUCAUAAGCAUGUAUCAGCUCUUCAUCACGCUCGGUAUUCUGCUGGCCUCGCUAGUGAACCUUGGGACCAAGCACAUUGGAGGUUCAGCUUCGUGGCGUAUCACCAUUGCCGUUGGCACAAUAUGGCCGCUCAUCCUGGCCAUCGGCGUUCAAUUUCUCGGCGAGUCGCCGCGUUGGGACAUUCGCCGGAAUAGAGUAGAUCGAGCCGAGCGCAUGGUUGCGAAAUUGUACCAAACAAACGAGGAUAUUAGGCGGGAACUAGAUGAGAUAUACGCAAGCGUACAACAAGAGAGAUCUCAGCCCAAAGUUUCCGUGUCGGGUAUUUGGCGCGAGCGCACGAUUCUUCGCCGCAUCUUUGUCGGAGUAGUUCUGCAAAUGAUGCAGCAGCUGACCGGAAUAAAUUACCUCUUUUACUUCGGAACAAAGCUGUUCUCCAAUAUGCACGUUGGAGACAGCUAUCUAACAGCCGUGAUUCUGGGAGGCGCCAACUUCUUUGCAACUUUGGCCGGACUGUGGGUGACUAAACGGUUCGGACAUCGAGCUUCACUCAUCCUGGGCGGGGUUUGGAUUGGUGUAUGGCUAAUGGUACGCGAUUGUUAUUUCACCGUAUUUCUCUGGCCCAAAUGGCGUCCUUCCCCUCUCUUUGGUUGUGUGGUUAGACUUGAAAUGUUCAUCUGUGCACUUUGUGAUAUACUGACUCUACAGAUGUACGCGUUCUUCGGCCAAUACUGCAUUCAACAGCUCUGCCCGCUUUCCCCCAGCGCAACGGGCACAGCUAUGGUUGCCUUCUCCUGUCUCGCCAUAUUCGGCUUUGCUACAACCUGGGGCCCAUUGACCUGGGUUGUGUGCUCUGAGAUCUUCCCAACGAGGUGGAAAGCUAUUGGCAUGGGCGUGGCUACCGCAACUAACUGGGCCUUCAACUUUUUGAUUGGAUUCUUCACUACAGAAAUUACAGAUAGAAUUCACUAUGGCCUUGGAUGGGUGUUCGCCGGAGCGAUUAUUUGUGGAAGCUGCUUUGUGUGGUUUUGCGUGCAUGAAACCGCGGGCAAGUCGCUCGAAGCGAUUGACAAGGAGAUUCUAGAUGGAACCAGGCCUUGGAACAGCCGCAAAGGUCAAUAAUCCGAAAUACACACAUCGACUAACUUCUGCUUCCAGUGAGGCAAUGGUGUUGAUUGAUUCCAUACGGUAAACGCAGCAAUAUUUUUUUUGUGGAUCUCAUGGUGCAUUUAUCCAUCUCCGAGGGACACUUGUGGAAUUCAUCGCGAGUGACAUAAGUAGACCUGUAGAACUUAGUUUCCCGACAGGCUCUUGGCCCUAUAUCGCCAGGUUUAAUUAGUUUGUUUUCGCCUGAAGAAUACCAGACAAACCAUAAAUAGAAGAAAACAACAUCGG